UUUUAUUGAGGGUGAAUAUGUAUAUUAUCCGGGUUGAGCGUGUGAAGUGGGAAGAGAUAAGGAAGGCAUUGAUAAUCAUAGCUAUGGCAACGGCGAGUGCAAGUUGUGCGGUAUCAUUUAGAAACAGCUUCGGUGUGAGUAAACCCUCGGAUCUUGGGUUCUUGAGCUCUCGUCUGAACGGCCUCAGAAUCUGCUUCCCCAAAUUGCCACCCACACCCCUCACUGCUUCUCCCUUCCCCACACCCCUCCCUAUCGUUGCCAAGAGAGUGUGUCCCUUCACUGGAAAGAAAUCAAACAGGGCCAACAAAGUAUCAUUUUCAAACCACAAGACAAAGAAACUGCAGUUUGUGAACCUUCAGUACAAGAGAAUUUGGUGGGAAGCAGGGAAGCGCUACGUAAAGCUUCGUUUGUCAACUAAGGCAUUGAAGACGAUAGAGAAGAAUGGACUUGAUGCAGUUGCAAAGAAGGCUGGAAUUGAUCUCAGGAAGAAAUAAGCCUAUCUAAUAAUUAUUGUAAUUUGUAUCAGAGUGGAAGAAUACAUUCAUGUUCCUUGGUGUUAAUUGUAGAAUUUUCUUUUGCGUAUAUUAUUUUCAAAAGCAAGUUGUGUUGAUGUUUGUAGAGAAACAAAAUAUGGCAAGGUCAUGAGCUUACUAGGCCAUGAGUCUCGCUAAUGGAAAUCUCUUUUGACAACCCCCUGAUCGUGGUGCUUAUAAUAAUGGCCAUGGAUAUCAUAGGAUCCUUA